ACAAUAGGUAACUUAUUCUCCACUUACAAUUGUGGGUUGCGUGGCGGAAGCUUACACUUCCGUCCCGCAACGUUCUUGGUAUCUAAGAAAGAAUAGAAUAAGAGAAUAGAAUAAGGUCGAGGCGUACGCGUAAGGGGAGAAGAGAUCUGGGUGUGAGGUCGGGGGAUCGAAUUCUUCUACUACAUCAAUAUUCCGACGCUCCCAUCGCUUCCAACGCUCCCAAUUUAGCUUUCUGCGUCUGCAAUUUAAUGCUCUGAAGCAGUAGCAGGGGUUUAAUGCUGCUGCUGUGCCUUCAAUUACAGUCCAAACCUUAAAAUAGUUAGCACAAUGUAACCAUAGGGGGCCUACGGACGCCCUCGGGUGACUGUCUGUUUAUCUGAUAAUUUUUGAAAGCCUUGAAGCCACAAUUUGGCUAUUUUUGAAACCCUAACUUUCAUAGAUCUGACCAAUUUUUCUGUUUUUCUAGAGUUUAUCGCGAUUUACUGUUUUCGUCGUUGGAGGGUUAAAAUUUCUCAAUUUGGCCGAAUCCUUCACCGCAGCCACUAAUUACUAGUUUGUGUAACCAUGGUUUUCCAAGGGGCCUCUGGCUUCGUCUUAUCACGUAAGUCGAGAUCGGUUCUUUUGGAGCAUCUGAAACUGCCCUUGGAAGCAAUGAAGUUAUCCGAUAAUGAAGAAUUUGAUUUUAAUGAUGUAUUUGGUCCGGCAGAGCAGCCUCAGCCUCAGCCUCAGCCUGCCGGAGCAGAGAGCAAGGGUUUGAGCAAUCAAUCGGCUUCAGGGUUAGGGUUUCUCCGGGUUAAGGAUCCAGAAGUCAUUUGCAGUCGAUCUCAUUCAUUGGUUGGCCCCUCGCCGCGGCCUGGCUUGGAGAGGCAACCCAGCAAAUUCAGCAAACCCUCAGAAACAGUGGUUGGAUCUCCAUCUAGCUCGCUGAACGAAGUAGAAUCGGGAGCCCUUUCUGAAGACUCUGAUGGGGUACUUCUUGAACAAGAUGAUGUUAAGAAAAAUCCUGCUGAAAAGCUUGGAACACAAGAUUUUGAGCUUCUGAGGGUUGUUGGGCAGGGUGCAUUUGGUAAGGUGUUCCAGGUGAGACGAAAAGGAACAACAGAUGAUAUAUACGCUAUGAAAGUUAUGCGGAAGGAUAAGAUUAUUAAAGGGAAUCAUGUAGACUACAUGAAAGCAGAGAGGGAUAUUUUAACAAAGGUGGACCACCCUUUUAUUGUUCAACUUCGUUAUUCAUUCCAGACAAAAUCAAAAUUGUAUUUAAUUCUGGAUUUUAUAAAUGGAGGGCAUCUAUUCUUUCAACUUUAUCGACAGGGAAUUUUCAGUGAGGAAUUGGCUCGGAUUUAUACAGCAGAAAUAGUUUCUGCUGUGACACAUCUUCACAAAAAUGGCAUUAUACAUCGAGAUCUAAAACCUGAGAAUAUUCUCAUGGAUGCUGAAGGACAUGUGAUGUUGACUGAUUUUGGCCUGGCCAAGGAAGUUGAUGAAUCAAUGCGGUCCAAUUCUAUGUGUGGGACAACAGAGUAUAUGGCACCUGAGAUCAUACUUUCUAAAGGUCAUGAUAAAGCUGCUGAUUGGUGGAGUGUUGGAGUACUUUUAUAUGAAAUGGUUACUGGUCAGCCUCCCUUCACCCACAACAAUCGGCAGAAGCUUCAAGAUAAAAUUAUAAAGGAUAAAAUCAAAUUACCAUCAUACCUGACAUCUGAAGCUCAUUCAUUGCUCAAAGGACUGCUGCAGAAGGAUCCUAGUAAGCGCCUAGGGAGUGGAGUGAAUGGCAGUGAUGAAAUUAAGCGGCACAAGUGGUUUAAAAUCAUUAACUGGAAGAAACUUGAUGCUCGUGAGAUACAGCCCACCUUCAGGCCUAAUGUGAGUGGAAAAGACUGCAUAGCAAAUUUUGAUGAACGUUGGACAAAUAUGCCCCCCCAAGAUUCCCCAGCUUCCACCCCAAAAUCUGAUGAAUAUUUUAAAGGGUACACUUAUGUGGCUCCUAGCGCUUGGCUUUCAGGGCCUGAGAAAGAAUCUCACUGAGGUGUGCCAUGUAGUUUAUUUGUUUGGCAUGUGACAUGGUAGAUGUGAAUUGCACUCUAUUGUUACAUGACAUGCAUUAAUUAGUCGACAGGAAUUGGAUUGCUAGUAUGAUUAUGUUAAAAGACCUGCAUAUAUGAAUAUAUUGCAUACAACUGUAGAAAAAAAUAAUUGUUGAUUGAUUUGUCAAUGAGUAUCCUGGCCAGGAAGAAAUGGUCUUGUUUGAAGAUUAUAAUUGGUUUUUAGAUACAGUUUCAAUGUACAUCUCUGUACUUGACAGGUGACAGGCAUUACAUGACAUUGGGUUUCACCUUUAUUAUAUUUUUUUAUUAACAUUUUUGCACCA